GUAAGUACUGGCACUCCAAGCGCAUGUAUCACUUGUAUCACCUAUAUGUCCCUCCUUUUGAGCAACUUGCUUGAAGCAGGUGGCCUUGCCGGUGCCGGCUUCGGCUUCGGCUUGUAACCUGUCAUACCAGGUAUCAAUAUCUGGCGUCUCUGCCUAACACAGUCAUAUACAAGCAAACAAACGCCGCCUGCUAUUUUUCAAAUAAUGUUAGACUUGCAUCAUAUACAUGUGAAGCUUUCCAGUCGCUCAAGUCUAUCGAGACAAUCAACAUCGAGGAGCAAUAUACGAUAAGCUCUCAGUCAAUUUGAAUCGAAUUCAGCAGUUUCGCUGCAUCAAUGGCUACACCCGGGGUAAUAUCAUCGGUAUUGUCUAUGGAUUUAAUCGCAGAAGAUUUCAGUGAUAGCGACCAUGAUUCCGUGAUCUCCGAGAGCCACGAAGAACAUGAAAUCGUAGCUACAGAUGAGCUAGAGUCUCACCCGGCGACUAUAGACAUUAAGGAUGAGGUCCAAGUUAAGGAUUCGGGCGUCAUCCAUGCCCGCGAAUACCAGCUUGAGAUGUUUGAGGCGAGUCUCAAACGUAACAUUAUCGUCGCAAUGGACACAGGGACCGGGAAGACUCAGGUGGCCGUCCUUAGAAUCCAAGCAGAACUGGAAAAGUCUGAUCCUAGUAAAGCCAAUUGUUUGGUUCUUGACCCCCACUGUUGCUCUGUGUGAGCAGCAAGCUCGAGUACUCAGGUCACAGAUUCCUGCCGUGCAAAUCAAAACUCUUGUUGGAGCAGACGGCGUAGAGACCUGGUCCAAUGUUCAUAUAUGGGAUGACUACCUGAAGAAUGUUCGAAUAGUCGUUUCCACUUACCAGGUCCUUUUGGAUGCUGCUAAUCAUGCGUUUGUGCGUAUGGACCGGCUCUCCUUGAUAGUUUUCGACGAAGCCCAUAAUUGUCGUGGUAAACACUCCGGCGCCAAGAUCAUGGGCCGGUAUGGUGAUAGUAAAAACGCCGGCCUACCAAUUCCAUCAAUACUUGGCCUUACGGCAAGUCCGAUCGUGAGUUCGAAGCUCGAUACCCUCGAGAAAAUCGAACAGACUCUGGAUGCCGUGUGUAAGAGCCCGAGCAUCCAUCGAGACGAGCUUUUGUCUGUCGUAAAGCGGCCGACUAUGACUCACGCUUUCUAUACCCAACCGGAUGAGGAUGAUUUCCCUCUAACUGACACUAUGAAGAGUCUGGCUAAUGUAUACUACGGCUUGGAUAUAAAUCAAGACCCGUAUAUUGUCCGGCUACGGAGAGAUAAGAGGGAACGCAGUCAAGUUGCGCUCGAGAGAGCUCUAAGGAAUCAAGAUACUUACGUCUUUAACCAGGUACAGUCUUUCUGGCGAAAGAGCGUUACAAUCCACCGAGAACUUGGAACGUGGGCUGUAGAUUACUUCAUUUCUACCUCCGUCGCUCAGUUCCUUAAGUCGAUCAGAGAGAACGAUUCGUGGUUCCAGGAAUGGGACACUCAGGAGAAGCAAUACCUCGCGAAUGCAUUGCAAGGUGUCAAAACAUCAACACCGUCUCCACUUCAAUAUGGUAUGGCUGAUUUAGGUAUAUCUAGCAAAGUUGCGGCUCUUGUACGGGAGCUAUCUGAUUCGGUCGACGGAACUAUUGGUAUCGUAUUCGUUCGUGAAAUCGCCACAGUAGCUAUCUUGUCACAUAUACUAUCAACCCAUCCGUUAAUAAAGGAUCGCUAUCGGGUCGGUACUAUGAUCGGUACGAGCAACCGCAUCAGUCAAAAACGAGACCUCGGCGCCCCCAACAAGACAGAAUACGCUCAAAACCUUAAGGAUUUUCAAGAUGGAAAGCUCAAUCUCCUCAUAGCUACGAGUGUCCUAGAAGAAGGUAUCGACGUCCCAGCCUGUAAUAUGGUUGUUUGCUUUGACCCACCGGCCAACCUCAAGACGUUUAUCCAGAGACGUGGCAGAGCUCGGAUGAAAGAGUCAAAGCUCAUUCUACUAAUGAGCGAGGUCACAACCCAAGUCGAGCAGUGGAUGGAACUCGAGGAGGAAAUGAAGAGACGCUAUGAAGAUGAUAAGAGGCGUGUACAAUUUGAAGAGAUGGAGCAACCCGAGGUUGAGCCUUUCUAUGUACCAGAGACCGGAGCCCACCUUGACUUCGACCAGGCAAAGUCACACUUGGAGCACUUUUGCAGAAAGCUCUCGAAUCUUCAAUAUUCGGAUACAAGGCCGUACUACAUAUUUAAGCGAACACCUCAUCCGCUUGGAGAGGUCCCGCAAGUCUCCGCAACAGUGGUCCUACCGAUGUCGUUACCCUCGGAGCUUCGGCGAGUGGAGAGUACCGGUCUCUGGUUCACUGAAAAAAGUGCCAGCAAGGAUGCCGCCUUUCUGGCUUAUACGGCUAUCUACAAAGCCGGUUUGCUUAAUAAUAAUUUGAUGCCAAUAAUAACCCAGACUCCCCACGAUGUCGAGUCGAGAGCUCCAGAGAGAGAAGUUAAUGGACAAAUAAGCCCCUGGGCAGGGAUCGCGCGUGCUUGGGGUGAUCGGAAAGAGUUAUACCAGCGUAGACUACGAUUGGUAGAUCAUCAUGGCUAUGUAUUAUGUGAAUUUGAUGCGACACUACCUGUACCCUUUCCGGCUUUACCACAUAUUAAUAUCAUCUGGGAUAUGUAUAACCAUUGGAGGAUCGAACUAGGUCAGACAAAGGUUAUAUCCACUGAGGACCUCCAGGCUGAUCAGAGCCUGGCGUUACUAGACCUAGCAUUCAGGCAUCGUCAAUGGGAGGCUAGGGAUGCCGCGCGAUCAGUACUACAUAUUCGGUCCCCGACCCAGGAUAUCCCAUUCGGUGAGCUGGUGGGCCAAAAGAGUGUUGAAGAGGCCUGUCUUGAUGGCACGACACUAAUACGUUUUAACGGAGCCCCCUAUUCAUUCGGGGCAUUGCUGCCUUCUCUCGGUCCAGACUUUCCGGUACCGGAAUCUUUAAAGGGCGAACCAGUUGAUACCCCUUGGCUGUUGCUGGAGAAGUGGAUAAAGCGAAAAGACUUUCUUCACCACUUCACUCAACCACCCACGUCGGAUUCUACUAAAUCAACCCAGAUAGUUAGGCCUGCACGCCUCUGCCGAGUGGAUGGUAUCCACGUAUCUAACGUUCACUUCGGCAUGCUCAUCCCUUCUAUUAUGCACAUGAUAGAGAUUCACCUGGUUGCUACUGAAUUAUGCAAUACUAUAUUGAAAGACGUCGAAUUCAAGGAUAUCUCACGGGUCAUUACUGCAAUUAGCGCACCGUCCGCUAGAGAAGAGACAAACUAUGAAAGGCUCGAGUUCCUAGGCGACUCGACUCUAAAGCUGCUUGCUACGGCUACUAUAACUGCCAAUAAUCCGAUUUUCCCAGAAGGGUAUCUCGACGCUAUGAAGACGGAUAUAGUAUCCAAUGCCAGGCUGUCUCGUGCAGCGGUCGAGACUGGUCUGGAUAAAUUUAUUCUCAAAAAAGAGUUCACGGGCGCGAAGUGGAAGCCCAUUUACGUGGAAGACAUGCUUGAUCUAAAUGACAAUGCGGACGACAAACGCAUGGUUUCGACCAAGACGCUUGCUGAUGUCGUAGAAGCCUUAGUCGGAGCUGCGCACGAAGAUGGCGGGAUAGAUAAAGCGCUCGCGUGUCUCCGGAUAUUCAUCACCGAAGUGGAAUGGCACAGCCUCAAUUUCGCAUGCAGUGAAAUAUUUAGUCAGACUGCCAUGAGCACGUAUCUCCCACCCCCUCUCGCGCCUCUGGAGGAGCUGAUCGGAUAUUCCUUCCGCAACAAGAACAUACUCGUCGAAGCUGCCACGCAUUCUUCCUUCGGAUUCGUCGACUCGACGGGAAACUGUAUGGAACGCCUGGAAUUCCUCGGCGACGCCAUCUUAGACAGCUUGAUCGUCUCUGCCAUGUGGAAAUUCCCACGCGAAAUGACCCAGCAUGAAAUGCACCUCCUCCGCACGGCCUGUGUAAAUGGGGAUCUGCUCGGCUUCUUUGGCAUGGAGUGGAGCAUUGAGCAGGAGGCAACGCAGAUCUCAGAGGAUAAAUCAACCAUUGAGACGAGCACCACCACACUCCCGUUCUGGAAGUUCAUGCGCCACACCUCUCAGGAGAUGGGCAUCGCCCAACACGCUGCGGAAGAAAGACACGCGCAGGAGCGGGAGGCUAUCCUCGAGGCCAUCGAGCGCGGGGCGGAGUACCCCUGGGCGCAGCUCUUCCACCUGCACAUACCCAAGUUCUUCUCUGAUUUCUUCGAGAGCGUCCUCGGCGCCGUGUGGGUAGAUUCGCAAUCUUUAGACGUAUGCGCUACCGUCGUUGAGAAGGUGGGCAUACUGCCGUACCUACGGCGCAUGCUCGCCGACGGCGUUGACGUCCUGCACCCCAAGAACCACCUGGGCCACGAAGCGGGUAGGAUCGGCAAGCCGGUCGAGUACCAAACUGAGGUGCGCGACGCGCAAGGUAGAGAUAGGGAAUUAGUCUGCAGGGUGCUAGUUGGGGAUGAGAUGGUUGCGGAGGUGGGUGGUGGGGUGUCGCCUGAGGAAGUGCAGACUCGAGCGGCGUAUGCGGCGUAUAAGAUUCUGGUUAAGAGGCGAGAGGAGGUUAUGGAUAUGGAUAUGGAUAUGUGAGGGGAGGUGAGCGAGGGUUGCAUGGUUGGAUGAGUAGUGAUGACUUGAUAGCUUAUGAAUGAAUGAAUGGGUUCUAGAUAGCGAGCGAUAGCUAUGCGUUAUGGAUUUUCCUGUUGAGUCUUAUGGCAUGUUGAUUUUUCGGUCGUUGAUAUGUAUGGCGAACGAUUUUAUAGCAUUUUUGUAUACUUGGAGGUUAUUUACUAUGACGCCUUUGGGAAAUGUGCUUAGAUUUGCCCCUAUUCCAGCCCUUAAGGAGUCGCAGAUAUAGCUCUUCCAUUGUCCUCCUUCACUAUAGC